GGCGGCAGUGAGGGAAGGAGGCGGCCGUGGCGGCGGCGCCUGCUUCCCCUUUUUCCCCUCCGCAGCUCUUGGUUUUCACUUCGCUCAGCUCUGUGGCGCUCCUCCCCGUGUUUCGGGCCGAGGGGCGGCUGCGGGAUGGCGCUGCCCCGGCUGCUGGUGCGAGCGCUGCACCGGGCGGCCGCUGCCGCCGCACCUGCGGCUCCAGACUUCAACAGUUUUGUCACUCGGACCAACACGUGUGGAGAGCUGCGUGCUGCUCACGUGGGACAGAAAGUGACCCUGUAUGGAUGGGUUCAAUAUCAAAGACAAGGCCUGUUUCUAGUUUUGAGGGAUUUCCAGGGACUGACCCAGGUCAUCAUUCCUCAGGAUGAGGCACAUUCCCACGUGAAGGAGCUGCUGUCCAACGCCCCGGUGGAGUCUGUGGUGAGAGUCACUGGGACAGUGUCCCCUCGGCCCCUGGGGCAGGAGAACCCGAAAAUGCCAACAGGGGAUAUUGAAGUGAAGGCAGAGACUGCAGAGAUCCUAAACUCCUGCAAGAAGCUGCCUUUUGAAAUCAAGGAUUUUAUCAAGAAGUCAGAGGCCCUGCGGAUGCAGUAUCGGUACCUGGACCUGCGCAGCUUCCGGCUGCAGUCCGCCCUGCGGCUGCGCUCUCGCGUGGUGAUGAGGAUGCGCGAGUACCUCUGCAAUCUCCACGGGUUCGUGGAUGUAGAAACUCCAACUCUGUUUAAAAGAACCCCAGGGGGAGCCAAAGAAUUCCUUGUGCCCUCGAGGGAAGCGGGCAAGUUCUACUCUCUGCCACAGAGUCCUCAGCAGUUCAAGCAGCUCCUCAUGGUUGGAGGCCUGGACAGGUACUUCCAGGUCGCUCGCUGCUACCGGGAUGAGGGUUCACGGCCUGACAGGCAGCCAGAAUUCACCCAGAUAGAUAUAGAGAUGUCAUUUGUAGAUCAAGCUGGGAUCCAGAGGCUCAUAGAGGGCCUCUUGCAACAUUCCUGGCCUGAGGAAAGAGGCUCCAUUAUGAUUCCUUUCCCUUCCAUGACAUACGAGGAAGCACUGGCUGAGUAUGGGACUGAUAAACCAGACACUCGCUUUGGGAUGAAGAUCGUGGAUAUCAGUGAUGUUUUACGAGGAUCAAACAUUCACUUUUUGCAGAAUGCCCUCAGUUACCCAAGUGGUUCCAUCAGAGCUAUUUGUAUUCCUCAGGGAGUGAGAUAUCUUACAAAUAAAGACUUGGAGUCAUUGAAGGAGUCUGCAAAAUCCCAGUUUAACCAGGAAAUCAUGGAAAUUAUCUGCAGACCUGAUGGAAGCUUGAAGUCUCUGCUUACCAAGUUCCUUGGUGAGAAGGAGCAGUCAGAGCUCAUCCAAACACUGAACAUGCAGGAGGGUGAUAUGGUGCUGCUGGCAGCUGGAGAGCACAAGCAAGUGUGCUCUGCUUUAGGAGCCUUGCGGUUGUUGAGUGCCAACCUCCUGGAGGCAGCUGGGCUGGCACUCCGUGAUCCCGCAGCCUUUCACUUCCUCUGGGUGGUGGAUUUCCCCCUUUUCCUCCCCAAGGCCGAGAAUCCCACUGAACUGGAAUCUGCUCAUCACCCCUUCACUGCCCCUCAUCCUUCAGAUGCCAGCCUCCUGUAUUCUGAUCCCACAAAGGUCCGUAGCCAGCACUACGACCUUGUGCUGAAUGGCAAUGAGGUUGGAGGUGGCUCCAUCAGAAUUCACAGUGCAGAACAACAGCGUUUUGUGCUGGAGAAAGUGCUGAAGGAGGACUCCGAGGUACUUUCCCAUCUGAUUGAGGCUUUGGAAUUUGGAGCUCCACCUCACGGAGGAAUUGCUCUAGGUUGUGGGAACAAGGCUCAUGGUUGUUAGGAAAAGGCUUGUUGCUUCCAUCUCUGCAGCAGCUUUGUGGAAAGAAACAGAGGUCUGGUCACCAAGAGCAGAAAGUUGGGGUGUUCUUCCCCAGAAUCACAGUAGGAUUUAGGUCUUAAGCAAGGACAUUAGUGGCUCUAAGGAUGGUCCUCAUCUCCUGAUCUGCAAACCCUGUAUUCAGUGAGGUUGUGUCAGCUUUGUUCCCAUUCCUAUGCAGCCAGAGCAGGAUCCCUGUGCUGCCUGCCUGGAGGCAUGGGGCAGCAAUGGCACUUUGUGUUUCACACCCUUCCCUUCUUGCUGCCAUCUCACUUCCCUUCUCUCCUCACCUGUUUUGCUCAUUAGUUCAGAAAAUAUCAGGGCUUGGUUUUUUCCCUAGAACAAUGCAAGUUCCUGGGUUAAAGAAAGAGGGAAAAAAACCCAACCAACCAACACCCUCCCUACGCUCACCAAAAUAAAAAAACCUACAAAAAACAAAGGUAUUUUAACGUGUGGUCUUGCAGUUUGACUUUCCUCCAUCCAGUCACCCAGAGGUUUUUUGUUCCUCUUGAAUUCUUCUUAGUAGUUGUAAUCCUUCCAAACUGGUUGAUGCAGAGCUCUGAGCUGUAAAGCUCAGCCCUGCCAGUGUUCUGCCAUUCAGCUGCCCAGGUUUUCUUUCGCUGUGUUUGCUGUCUGUGUCCUGCAGCCCUUAGUGUGUUACAGAGCUUCCUGCAAUAUUGAAAAGCUUUAUUUUGGUAGACAUUUCUGCUCUCGAGGCAAAUCUGUUUCUCUGCUACCAGCUGAGAUUAAUUUUUUUUCUCCCUUACUUGCUUCACUCUUUUUCUUCAAGCUCAGUGAUAUUACCUCCUCAAUCUUUCUGAUUUUUCUGACGCAGGGGAGGUAAUACAGGGCCAUAACUCAAGUGUUUCACCAAUUUGUUUUCUGC